AUGGUAGAUGGUGUAAACCGUUAUGCCACACCACUGCUACGCAAGAAAGAUAUGCCUUGUCUACAAGCAUACCAAGAAGCUGUUAUGCCGAGUUUGCGAAGCAUUGAAAGACGUCUGUCAAAGGACUCUACAAAGGCAGCUGCAUACAAUGAAGAAAUUAAAAAACUGGAGGAGGCUGGAUAUGUUAUUAAGUUACCAGCAGAAACAAUCACCUCCUCUGAAGAAUCUUGGUUUAUUCCUCACCAUCUGGUUCAGCAUAAUGGUAAGAACCGGGUUGUAUUCAAUUGCUCCUUUAAAUAUCAUGGACAUAGCCUGAAUGAAUACCUGCUCCCUGGGCCAGCCCUCAGUCCGUCCCUAUUAGGAGUGCUCUUACGUUUUAGGGAACAUCCUGUAGUAGUAGGUAGCGACAUUAGAGGAAUGUUUCAUCAAAUCCGCCUUUUACCUGAAGAUAAACCUCUUCUCCGUUUUGUAUGGCGUAAUUUGGAAAGUAGCAUUUCCCCCCUUAUCUAUGAAUGGCAAGUACUUCCCUUUGGCACCACCUGUAGUCCUUGUUGUGCAAUUUUUGCUCUUCAACGACAUGUAAUGGACAACACUGAAUCAGGGGAUGAGAUCCGAUCCUUAGUUGAAAGGAACUUCUAUGUAGACAACUAUUUGCAGAGUCUACCAUCGACCCCGAGGGCAAAGCAACUGAUAGACAAACUAAGAGAUCUUUUGUCAAAUGGUGGAUUUGACCUUCGUCAAUGGACUAGCAAUUUUCCCAAGAUACUAGAACAUCUGCCACAAGAAGCUCGUUCAAUCAGUACAGAACUCUGGUUGUCUCAGGAUCGAUCAGAUUCCACCGAAUCCACUUUAGGCUUGAAGUGGCAUUGUUCCUCAGACACGUUCAAGUACAAGUCUCAUCCAGUGCAGAAGACAACUGUUACUAUGCGCCACAUAUACAGAAUACUCGCCAGUCAGUAUGAUCCUUUGGGGUAUAUUCUUCCAUUCACCACAUGUGCCAAAGUCCUGGUCCAAAAAUUGUGGGAUAAACAAAGAGAUUGGGAUGACCCUAUGUUGCCUGAAGAUCUAUUAAGAGCCUGGAAUGAAUGGGAAGGAGAACUUCACGCUCUGGAUAACGUUAGUAUCCCAAGAUGUUAUACACCUGUUGAUAUGGACUUAUUUCCUAUUAACAGACAGAUUCACAUAUUCUGUGAUGCCUCUGAACAAGCUUAUGGGUCCGUUUCUUUCCUAAGAACCGAAGAUAAAGAUGAUAAUAUUCAUCUUACCUUCAUUAUGGCCAGAUCUAGAGUUGCACCAAAGCGUCGACAAACCAUACCAAGACUAGAGCUAUGUGCUGCAUUAAAUGGAGCACAGGUAGCUAAACUCUUAGAAAAUGAGCUUACUUUAACAAUAAACCAAGUGGUUCUGUGGUCUGAUUCCACAACUGUGUUAUCCUGGCUUCAGUCUGAAUCCUGCCGCUUUAAAGUAUUUGUGGGAACCAGAAUAGCUGAAAUCCAAGAAUUAACAGAUCGCCAUUCUUGGAGGUAUGUGGACUCCAACAGGAAUCCAGCAGAUGAUAUCACACAGGGUCGAACACUAGCUGAAUUGUCUGUACCACACAGAUGGAAUCAAGGCCCAUUAUUCCUUUUUAAACCUGAGUCAGAAUGGCCAGUAAGGCCAAAUAUUACGGGUCCAGAAGUUGAAGCAGAGCAACGGAAGAGUGUCUUCUGUGGUAGUACGGUGACGUCUCAUCUAAUUCCUAACCCUAAGGAAUACCAUACAUGGAUGGAAUUAGUAGAAGCUGUAGUUCAAAGCAGGAGUGACCAAACCAUUCCUACCGCUGAAGACUAUCGAAUGUCAGAAUUUCUUAUCUUUCAAAAUUCACAGUUAGACAGUUUUCCUGAGGAAUAUAUGUUGCUGAAGAAUGGAAAGCCUGUUCCUGUCACCAGCCGACUUCUUACUUUAGCACCAGAGUUUGACACAUCAUGUCAGCUUAUCCGAGUUGGAGGGCGAUUGUGCCGUAUUGAAGAGAUUGAGCAGUCAUCAAUUCAUCCUAUUGUUUUAGACCCUCACCAUCCAGUCACUAAAUUAAUUAUUCAAGAAUAUGAUGCCAAACUUCAUCAUCCAGGUCCAGAGAGAGUGUUUGCCGAAUUAAGGAGAAAUGUCUGGAUCCUAAGAGGCAGAGAAGCAGUUCGCAAAUUCCAACAUACUUGCACCGAUUGCCGUAAACAAAAGGCAAAGCCCCUUAUCCCUAAAAUGGCAGACCUACCCCUAGCAAGAUUGAGGCUUCAAAAACCUGCUUUUUUCAGCACUGGCAUGGACUGCUUUGGACCAUUUCAGGUUAAGAUAGGUAGGCGUUGUGAGAAGAGAUGGGGCAUUAUCUUUAAGUGUCUCACUACCCGAUGUGUGCAUUUGGAUGUUCUCAAUAGUAUUGACACAGAUUCCUUCCUAAUGGCACUCCGAAGGUUCAUAGCUCGAAGGGGCACACCCUACGAGCUAUUGUCUGACCAAGGCACAAAUUUCCAUGGUGGAGAGAGGGAGUUAAGAGAAACAUUUUCCACCCUUAGUUCAGAGCUUCAGAAAUUGCUUGCAAAGCAAAAAAUCAAUUUCCGAUUUAACCCACCAGGAGCACCACAUUUUGGUGGCGCAUGGGAGAGAGAAAUUCGGUCCGUGAAGCAGGCCCUUUACACCACAAUAGGUUCACAGUCGGUGUCUGAAGAAGUACUUAAAACCGUUCUCAUUGAAAUAGAAGGAAUCUUGAACAGUAAGCCUCUGGGGUAUGUGUCAUCAAACAUUGCCGACUUGGACCCAGUUACACCUAAUUUCCUACUGAUGGGGCGGCCUGAUAGUUCUCUACCACAGGUUGUCUAUCCCGUUAAUGAGCUGAUGGGGCGGCGGAGAUGGAGACAGAGUCAAGUGCUUACUGAACAAUUCUGGUCAAGUUUUGUUAAAUACUAUCUACCCAGUUUACAGGCCAGACAGAAGUGGCAUAAGGAGCCUGAAAACCUACUAGAAGGGAUGGUAGUCAUGCUCAUUGAUCCUCAGCUUCCUCGAGCACUUUGGUUAAUAGGCCGAAUUGUUAGAACCUUCCCCAGCCCAGAUGGUCAUGUAAGAGCUGUAGAGGUGAAGGUGAAGGAUAGACUCUAUACUAGGCCUGUUGCUCGUCUUAUUCCCCUUCCGGACAUUCAACAUCAGGACUCUGAUAUUAAUAAAUCAUAAGUUUAAUAAUAUUUUUUGUUUGAAAUAAAUAGCAA